AUGACGGAACCCGAGAAUUUUGAAGAUGAUCUCUUUGCUGAUCUCUACGAUGAUAACGAUGCGCCGAAUCCGGCCCCCCCUGUUGCAGCUGCACCACCUGCGCUUGAACCUCCCAAAGCUGAGGCACAGAGUGUAGUGGAUCAACGGGGCAGCCACAUGCAACAGGACGAGAGUAUGAACGAGAGUAUGAACCAAAACGGAAACAACGACGAAGAAGACGACGACGAAGUCGAUUUCAACCUGGGUGGUGGCGGCAGCGAUACUGCUGCUGCUGCUGCUGCUGCUGCUGCUGCUCACGCGCCGUCCCACGAGAUGGACGUAUCCACUCCUCCUUACGGAACUGUACACAGGGCGAGUGCCAAGGAUGACGGGAAAAUGUUCAUCGGCGGAUUGAACUGGGAAACGACCGAUCAAUCACUGCGGGAGUAUUUCGAGCAAUUUGGCGAGGUCGUCGAGUGCACCGUGAUGCGUGAUGGCAGCACCGGUCGGUCGCGUGGCUUUGGCUUCCUGACAUUCAAGGAUGCCAAGACGGUCAACAUUGUCAUGGUGAAGGAGCAUUUCCUGGAUGGAAAGAUUAUCGACCCCAAGCGAGCCAUCCCCCGGGAUGAGCAGGAGAAGACGAGCAAGAUCUUUGUCGGCGGCGUCAGCCAGGAGACGACGGACCAAGAGUUCCGGGACUACUUUGCGCAGUUUGGGCGGGUGGUGGACGCCACGCUCAUGAUGGACAAGGACACGGGGCGGCCGCGGGGGUUCGGCUUCGUCACGUUUGAGAGCGAGGCCGGCGUCGAGGCCUGCAUCGACGUGCCGCUCGAGAUCCACGGCAAGCCGGUCGAGGUGAAGAGGGCGCAGCCGCGAGGCAACCUGCGCGAGGAGGAGGAGGCCGCCAAGCGCACCAAGUUCAAGAAGGACGACCAGCCGGGCCAGGGGGGCGCCGCGGGCCAGCAGCAGGGCGGCGGCGGCGGCGGCGGCGGCGGAGGCGGCGGAAGCGGCAUGACGCCCCAGCUCAUGGCGCAGUACUUUCAGCGGAUGCAGCAGUACUUUGCCAUGAUGCAGUCGCAGAUGGCCAUGAACCGCACCAUGAACAUGAACCCGGCCGCGUGGCAGCAGAUGGCGCAGAUGCAGCAGAUGCAGCAGCAGAUGAUGGGCCGCGGGGGCGGCGGCGGCGGCAACAUGAUGGGCAGCAUGAAUCCGCAGAUGAUGCAGCAGAUGCAGCAGAUGCAGCAGCAGAUGCAACAGCAAAUGAUGCAGCAGGCACAGCAACAGCAGCAGGCACAACAGCAUCAGCACCAGCAGGCACAACAACAACAACAGCAGCAGCAGCAGCAGCAGCAGCAGCAGCAGCAGCAGCAGCAGCAGCAGCAGCAGCAGCUUCAGCAACAGCAGCAGCUCCAGCAGCAGCAGCAGCUCCAACAACAUCAACAGCUCCAACACCACCCUCACCACCCGCACCAGCAACCCGACCAGUCCGCCUUCCAGUUCAGCCAGCCCCCGCCGGCCGGCCCCUCCGCCGGCACCCGGCGCGGCGCCCGCGGCGGCUACAUCGCCCCCGGCCGCGGCGGCGCCGGCGCCCCAACCUCCUGGGAAGGCAUGUACGACGACGUCCCGCAGCCCUCGGACGCAGCGGGGGGCUUCCGCCGCGGCGCGCAGGGCUCGCCCGACCCGCAGCACGCCCCGCCGGCCAACGCGCCCACGGGGCCCAAGAACGCCGGCCGCCCGGGCGCCAACUAUCGCGGCGGCGGGCGCGGCGGCAACCGCGGCUACCACCCGUACGCGCGGUGA